AAUUGGGGGUUAUAUUUGCCCUUUUUCCUAGACAAAAAAUAAUAAUCCAAGAUUAGCACUAAACAUUUACUAGUAUUUUCAAAAAGUUGGAGGAGCUAUAGCUUGGCAAAAAGGAUAACGGUCAUAAAAUUUGAAAAAAUAACUCUAUGUAUCAUUCUCUUUUUAAUAUAAACGGAUAGUAUCAUUUCUCUACAAGCCACCACAAAAAUCACCCUCUAAGCCUAUGAAAUUGACAAAAGCCAUGAAGAAGCUAAAGUUCUGGUCAAAAAAGAAGAAGAAAAAGAGAGCUCCUCUCCUUGAACAACCACGAUCACCGCCACCACCAUUCCUCCCUUAUUAUUAUCACUGCCCUUAUAAUUACCCAAUUCAGCCAUCAGCACCGCCCUUGCCACCUUGGUUCGAGUACGAGCAGCAGCAACCACAUGAUGACUCAAUUUUCACAACAGAGCAAGGUUCAGGUUCGAAUCAACCUCAUGGUAGUAAUAAUGCACAGCACAACGAUAAUGUUGGUGAAAUCAAUCAACCAAAAUCAACAACAUCCGAUAAAAAUUUGCCUCAACAGUAUAUGGUUCCGAAUCAAGUGUAUGGCGUACCUAUAAUAUCAGAAGCAAGAACAGAGAGAGCUGCUGGAGCUUUUGGAUGUGUGAUCAAUUUUGGAGCUCAUUUGUUUCGUUGCUUCUUUCCUUGCUUCCAUAUCCGAGAAUUGAAGUAAGCUUGUAUAAUGGACUCAGCAAAGCUAAGAUUUGGUUUGUCUUUGCAUUUGCCCCUUGUCAACUCUUUCAGUUAUAUAUUUAUAGUAAUAAAAACAGUUGUAUAAAUA